UUAUAGAUAAACCGAUACGACCGGAUAUCCGGUUUGACAAGCUAGCGAUAUGGUUGUGUCGGUAGCAGCCGUAUAAAUCGACAGCAACCAGCCACAAAUGCUGAGAUGAACCGGUUGAAGAGACAUGAACCGGGUAUCGCGAGACUAGCUCGGUUGACAGUGCGUUUAUAAAACAACGCGAGAGUCGGAAAUGCCCGCGAAGCUAUUCUCACGCAUGCUCCGUAGCUCACCAAGACAACGAGAAUGGAUGUAAAUAGUAGCAGCGUUAGCGGGUCACCGAGAAAGAUUUUCAAUACAGCAGCCAGACAAAAGUCUAAAGUGUGGAACGUUUUCGGGUUUUACAAGAAGGACGGAAAACUCGACAAAAACCACGCUAUUUGUAAGCUAUGCAGAGCACCUCUGAAGUACACUGGUAGCACAACAAACCUUGAUCAACAUGCAACGAGAAAACACAGAGAGGAGUAUGGCGAACUUCUCAAGCCCCAUAACAACGAGCAGGAGCAGGCAGCUGCCACACAGAGAGCGACGGGUAACGUUAUCACUAAAUUUUACGGGCAACUCGGCGACAGUUCAUCACGAGCUAAGGAUAUAACGGCAUCAAUAACCCGUUUCAUAGCUAAGGGCUUAUGGCCGUACAAUAUAGUGGAGGGGGAAGGAUUUCAGGAUUUGAUUCAUACGUUAGAGCCCAGAUAUAAGAUUCCGUCCCGGCAGCAUAUCACAAACACAUGCAUGCCAGCGUUGUAUGCCCAAGUGAAGAGCCAAGUUGAAAAAGAAUUGGCACAUGCAGAGCGAGUUGCUAUUACAACCGAUGCCUGGACGUCAUGCUCCACUGAGUCUUAUGUGACCAUCACUGUCCACUACAUCUCUCCAGACUGGAAGUUAAAUGUGCAUGUGUUGCAAACCAGGGCAUUCAAAGGAUCCCACACUGGGAAAAACAUUGGUGCUCUGCUAAAACAGGCAUGUGUUGACUGGAACCUUCUUGAUAAAGAUCCAGCCCUGGUGACAGACAAUGCCACAAACAUGGUAUUAGCUGGAGUGGAAGCAGAGAUGACCCCUCACCUCAUGUGCUUUGCACACACUAUUAAUCUCGCCACACAGAAAGCCUUUAAAGUUGACACAGUAGCAAGGUUGCUGGGGAGAGUGAGGAAAGCCGUUGCCUUUUUUCAUCGUAGUGUGAGGGCAGCAGAAAUCCUUCAAGAGAAACAGAAACAACUAGCCUUGCCUUCCCACAAACUCAUCCAAGAUGUAUCCACGCGGUGGAAUAGCUCCCAUGACAUGCUUGAACGCUUUUUUGAGCAACAUCCUGCGAUUUCUGCAGCACUCAUGUCCAGGGACCUCAGAAAAGGAGAAGAGGUGAAUACUCUCAAGGACAAAGACUUCUGCGACAUUGAAGACAUUGUCAAACUGAUGGCGCCGGUCAAACUUGUGACUACCAGCAUGUCUGAAGACAAGCGACCCACACUCUCAAUGAUUCUUCCUGUAAAAGCAAAGCUUAAAAAGAACUUUGAACCAUCAGAUGAAGACUCAGUGUUAAUCAGAGAGAUGAAGCAGGCGUUCAAGAAUGACUUGGAGAAACGCUACACAGGCCUUGAAGAUCUCUUCCACACUGCAGCAGCUCUGGACCCCCGUUUUAAGUCCCUGCCCUUCCUCAGUAACCAUGAUGCAGAGAGGACAUUCACAAGCAUAUCAGCAGAAGCAGCAUCCCUGCAUCACAAGGUAACGGGGGGUUCAGUUCAGAGAGGUCCAGUGCAGACUGAUCCAUGUCAGAGUGAACCUGCAAAUGGAGAUCCGGACGUCUGCAUUGAUGUACCCCAGACCCAAGAUGAGCAUAAAGGUUUGUGUGUUUUAUAACUUGUGAUCAAGAACGAGAAGACUUUGUCUUAAACUUGUGCUGCAGUCAUAGUAUCAGUAUAAAACACAUUCACUAUAAUAAGAGGAUCUGCAUGCAAAGAAAGAGUUAAAUAAUAAUG